UUUGGGGGUGCAGACCCAUUCAGCCUCCUGUUUGGAGAAGAGGGAAGGGUACUGCAGGCAAGUCUUGGCCAGAAAAGGAGGCUUGCUCCACCGUGUGUGCUGGGCUCUGCUGCCGGCUCUCUGCUGCAGCCCUCCCCGAGCUAAGUUCUGUCCCCUCCCGGGCUGGGCUGCAGCCCUCCCCAGGCUGGCUCUGUUCUCCAAGGUCCCCCUGUCCCGGGGCUCAGCCCAGAGGCCCCGGCUCAGGCUGAGGGGCUGUCAGGGGCCAGAGCCCUGCCCUGACGGAUGAGUGCUGACGGCCUCACUCCCUGCGUCCUCGGCCGCUGACACCCCAUCACACCGCUGCGGGGACCCCGGGAGACCUGGCUGCCUCUGAGCACCCCCGCGGCAGCCUGCAGGCGACGGGGGCGGGGACGGUGCCAGGAGCCCCUCAUUCGGCCGCACACCUGCGUCUCCACUCUCGGCUCCACCGCGACGCUGCCCGUCCCUGCCCUGCUCGGGUGGUGCCACUGGUGUCACCGGUCACGGCUCCAUCCAGGAGUUGUCGGCGCGGCGGAGACUGCUGAGCGGGUCCCGGGCGCGCGAGGCCGGUGGCCAUGGGGCCGGGGCUCGCCCGUUAGCAGCUGCCAUGUCCAGAGAGGCAGGCUCGUGCCGCCUGGGCCCCGGGGCCCGGGCCCGGGCGAGGAAGCCCAAGAAGCCACACUAUAUCCCACGGCCCUGGGGCAAACCCUACAACUACAAGUGCUUCCAGUGCCCCUUCACCUGCCUGGAGAAGUCCCACCUCUACAACCACAUGAAGUACAGCCUCUGUAAGGACUCCCUCUCCCUCCUGCUGGACUCCCCCGACUGGGCCUGCCGCCGGGCCCCAGCCGCGCCCCGGCCACGUGCACCCACCCCAGGCCACCCCGUGGACUCCUCGGACCCCACGGACCCCAGCGGCCGGCCCCGAGGAGCGCUGGAUGCUCCCGCCACGCCCGACCACAUGGUCACCGACGUCCUCUCCCUGCGCCGCCGCGUUGGGGGCCCCAGGCCAGGGGCCGAGGGGUCCCCAGAGACACUGCUCCCUGAGGCCAGGGACCCCCAGAAGGGUGCGGGCCUUGGUGGCCUCCUGGCCGAGUCGUGGAAGCCGGGGAGGGGUGGGGGCCCGAGGAGCACGGCCGGGGUGGACGUGCCUGCCACGGGCCCUGAGAGCAGCGUCCCCUGCUACCCCCCGCCCACCCCCGGGGAGUUCCCUGAGGCCCAGAGCCUCCACCUGUCCCUGCUGGGCGUCAACUACCCUCUCAGCCCGGGCCUCUUUUCCUACCUGGGGCCCUCCCUGGCUGCCGCCCACGUGCCCUUCCUGGCCUCAGCCAGCCCCCUGCUGCCCCCGGCCACUGCCUUCCCUGCCCCACAGCCCCCCGAGCGCCCAGCCCUGGUCCCUCGCCUGUACUACCCCCUGCUCCUGGAGCAUAGCCUGGGGCUGCCGGCAGGCAAGACUGCCCUUGCCAAGCCCUCUGCCCCCCCCAAAGGGCCCCCCGAGACUCUGGUCCCUGGGCUGCUGAAGUUGCCAGUGCCUGGGCUGGGUGGGCCCUGGCCCCGUGGUGCUCUCAGGGACCCGGGGCAGGAGGGGGAGCUGGAGCGGCCUGCCCAGAGUGACCCCAAGAGGAAGCUGGCCCUGGGAGGCAGGCCAGAACCCCUGCAGGACCCCUGCAGCCGGACGAAAUUCAGUUCCCAGAGCAGCCUGAGGACCGGCCCCUCCAUGAUGCUGUGGCCUGAGGACAAGGAGCUAAGUGACCUUGAGACCCCUGGUCCUGCGGCCCCCCUGCCCCAGCAACCGCUGGGCCUGGUGCUGGGGGGCCCUGGGCACGUGGGCGAGGACCUGACUCGGGCCCUCGGCGACUGUGCCAGGGUGGAACAGCGCCUGGGCCAGUUGGCGCCUGCUGGGGGCCUGGCCCCGCGGCCUCUGCGGGAGCAGCUGGGGAAGAUCCGCCGGGAGCUGCUCACCAUCCACCAGGCGCUGGAGCGGGCCGUGCGGCCACCCGACACUCCCCUCGACCUCUCUGUGAAACGGGCGCCCACCAAGGGGCAUGAGGUGCCCCCAGGGCCCUGGGGGCAGCCGGAGCUGGGCCCCACGCUGGUCCGGGGGACCCCCAGGCCACCCGGCACGCUGGCAGCCCAGCCUCUGUCCAGUCACACCACCAAGUGUGAGGCUGACUCCAGUGUCCCUCCCCCAGGUCUUCCCCUCCAGGCCCCAGAGGACCCUGUCCUUCCUGGCAGCUGGGGCACCCGCGGUGGGCCUGGGGGCUCCUGGCCCCCUGAGGCUGUCCCUGGCCUGCAGUGCCCCGCGGGUGCUGAGGUCUGACCACAGCCCCUACUGCCAUCUCUGUCCUUAACAGACAGGGGCCCUUCUCCAACCCCAUGCCUGCUGCCUGGCCCCCCACCUGCCCCAGCAUGCCCGUGGACAGACCCCACCCGCCGUGGCCACACCCGUCUCUGGGGCCACACAGGCACAGCAGAGGGUCACGGCUCUUUAGUGAUCACA